AAAUCAAUGGAAUAUCCAUUAGGGCUAGAUCGAGUUCGCUGUCCGAUCGCAUCCUAGCGAGGCAUCGCAUCGCGUCCUCUCUCCGGCCAGGUCUUGGAAUCUAGGGCUGCUAUGGAUAAUCUCGCGGCAGCCUCGAUGGAUAAUCUCGCUGCGGCGCUCGCCAGCGGCGGCACCCAGCCCAACAUUCUCGGCCCCGUGGUGCCCCUCCUCAAGAUCCUGUGUAUGUGCAUGGUCGGCCUCCUCCUCACGCAUCCACGAAUCGGCGUCCUCGGCCCGGAUUCCUGCAAGCUCCUCAGCAAGCUCGUCUUCGCGCUCUUCCUCCCCUGCCUCAUCUUCACGGAGCUGGGCAAAUCGGUCACUCCCAAGAACAUGCGCGACUGGUGGUUCAUCCCCGUCAAUGUCCUCGCCAGCUACUUGAUCGGCUGCGUCGUCGGCUACCUCGUCGCGAUCCUCUGCCGCCCGCCGCCCCGGCUCUUCCGAUUCACGGUCGCCAUGACAGGGAUCGGCAACACCGGCAAUCUCCCCCUCUCGAUCGUCGGCUCCGUGUGCCAUGGCUGGAAUCCAUUCGGCAAGCAGUGCAAGCAAUCCGGGGUGGCCUACGUCUCCUUCGCGCAGUGGGUCGCGGUGAUCGUGCUCUACGUCUUCGUCUAUCAUAUGCUGGAGCCGCCGCGGGAUUACUACUGCUACAUCGAUGAGCUGGGUCGCGGCGAGGAGAUCAUCGAUCAAGAGGGUGGUGUCCAGGAAGAGGAAGAACAGGAGAUCCAGGCGGCCCAGAUGCCCGAUUUCGUGGAGGCCGAGUGGCCGGGCGUCAAGGACGCCGGGACCGAGGAGACGAGGACGCCAUUCCUGGAUCGGAUCUUCCGGCGCGCGUCUUUCAACGAGAGGAGGGAUCCGGUGGUGGAAGAUCACGAGAGAGUGCGGUGCUUGCGCGAGCCGAGGGUGGUGAGGAAGAUGAGGAUCUUGGCGGAGAGGACGCCGCUGCAACACAUGCUCCAGCCGCCGACGGUGGCGUCGCUGCUGGCGAUCCUGGUGGGAUCCGUGCACUACUUGCAAUCGGUGGCGUUUGGCGAGGGUGCGCCGCUCGAGUUCUUCACGGAUGCGCUCACGAUCCUGGGCAAUGCGAUGGUUCCUUGCGUGCUCUUGGUUCUCGGGGGGAUGUUCUCCGGAGGUCCGGCAAAAUCGGAGCUGGGGCUGCGCACCACAGUCGGGAUUUGCGUCGCCCGGCUCGUCGUGCUGCCCGCGAUUGGGAUUGGAGUGGUGGUGGCUGCCAAUCGCGGAGGAUUUCUCCCCCAGGGCGAUAAGAUGUUCCAUUUCGUGCUGCUGCUCCAGCACGCCAUGCCCAGCUCGAUCUUGAUGGCCGGAUUGACGAGCGUGAGGGGAUAUGGCGAAAAGGAAGCAUCGUCAGUGUUGUUCUGGCAGCACAUCUUCUCUGUGGUGUCGCUCGCGGGUUACAUUGGGAUCUACUUCAAGUACAUUAGCUACAUAUGAAUCAAGGAUAUUUUAAGGCUGA